AUGACGAUGCUCCUUGACGGAGGCCCGCAGUUCCCCGGGCUGGGAGUGGGCAGCUUCGGCGCGCCGCGCCACCACGAGAUGCCCAACCGUGAGCCGGCGGGCAUGGGGUUGAAUCCCUUCGGGGACUCAACCCACGCCGCCGCCGCCGCCGCCGCUGCCGCUGCCUUCAAGCUGAGCCCGGCCGCGGCGCACGAUCUGUCUUCGGGCCAGAGCUCGGCGUUCACGCCGCAAGGUUCGGGCUACGCCAACGCCCUGGGCCACCAUCACCACCACCAUCACCAUCAUCACCACGCCAGCCAGGUGCCCAGUUACGGCGGCGCUGCCUCGGCCGCCUUCAACUCCACGCGCGACUUUCUGUUCCGCCAGCGCGGCUCCGGGCUCAGCGAGGCAGCCUCGGGUGGCGGGCAGCACGGGCUCUUCGCUGGCUCGGCGAGCAGCUUACACGCUCCAGCUGGCAUUCCCGAGCCCCCAGGCUACUUGCUCUUUCCCGGGCUGCAUGAGCAGGGCGCUGGGCACCCGUCGCCCACUGGGCACGUGGAGAACAACCAGGUCCACUUGGGGCUGCGCGGGGAGCUAUUCGGCCGUGCUGAGCCAUACCGCCCGGUGGCCAGCCCGCGCACGGACCCAUACACGGCCGGCGCGCAGUUCCCCAACUACAGCCCCAUGAACAUGAACAUGGGCGUGAACGUUGCGGCCCACCACGGGCCCGGCGCCUUCUUCCGUUAUAUGAGGCAGCCCAUAAAGCAGGAGCUGUCGUGCAAGUGGAUCGACGAGGGUCAGAUGAGCCGGCCCAAGAAGAGCUGCGACCGGACCUUCAGCACCAUGCACGAGCUGGUGACGCAUGUCACCAUGGAGCAUGUGGGGGGCCCGGAGCAGAACAACCACGUCUGCUACUGGGAGGAGUGCCCCCGCGAGGGCAAGUCCUUCAAGGCGAAGUACAAACUGGUCAACCACAUCCGAGUGCACACGGGCGAGAAGCCCUUCCCAUGCCCCUUCCCGGGCUGCGGGAAGAUCUUCGCCCGCUCUGAAAACCUCAAGAUCCACAAGAGGACCCACACAGGUGAGAAACCUUUCAAAUGUGAAUUUGAAGGCUGUGACAGACGCUUUGCCAACAGCAGCGACCGCAAGAAGCACAUGCAUGUGCACACCUCGGACAAGCCCUAUAUCUGCAAAGUGUGCGACAAGUCCUACACGCACCCGAGCUCCCUGCGCAAACACAUGAAGGUUCAUGAAUCUCAAGGGUCAGAUUCCUCCCCUGCUGCCAGUUCAGGCUAUGAAUCUUCCACUCCACCCGCUAUAGCUUCUGCAAACAGUAAAGAUACCACUAAAACCCCUUCUGCAGUUCAAUCUAGCACCAGCCACAACCCUGGACUUCCUCCCAAUUUUAACGAAUGGUACGUCUGA